GCAAUGCAUGGACACUCACUAUGAACACGUGUUUUGUGUUCUAUCCUAACAAAAAGUCCUGGAUGACCAGAGAAGUGCAGUGUUUGCUCUGGGAGAGGAACACUGCAUUCAGUUCUGGAAAUGGGGUGCUACGCAGUACUGUUGGAGCCAACCUCAAAAGCGACAUCAGAGAGGCCACGGCUGCCUACAAGAGGAGUACUGAGGACUGCUUCAACAGCAAAGACAUAAGGAUGGAUCGUUCCUGUGUAAGAUGCCUGAAAACGAUGGUGACGUUCCUCAACUUCAUUUGCUGGCUGUGUGGCGCCUUUGUAGUGGCGUUUGGUGAGUUCCAAAUGAUUAACUCAAGUUUCGCCUCCCUCAUUAUGAGCUUCUGGCCGGUCUAUCCCGCCAACACUCUGGUGGCGACCGGUGCCAUCGUCACCUGUGUGUGUUACCUGGGAGUGCUGGGAGGCAUGAAUGAGAACCGCUGCAUGCUCAUCACUUUCUUUGUGCUGCUCUUCAUCCUGAUGUUGGUGGAGCUGGCGAUGGCUUGUGUGUUCUUCGUCUACAGCAGAGUGAUUGACACCUACUUUGAGAGGGACCUGAUGACAAGCCUGGUGAUCUACAGACAGUCCAGUCCAAGUGGCAACUUGACCAUUAGAAAUGACUUUGAUGCUGUACACUACCUGUUUAAAUGCUGUGGAGUCUAUGGUGAGGCUGACUGGAUGGGAAAUGUACCGAUCUCCUGUUGUACCCUGGACCCCUGUAACGCGUUCCCACGUCCAAACUGGCAAGAGGGGUGUCUUGUGAAGUUGAAAAACUGGUUUUCCAGAAACUACCUGAGCACGGGCUCGGGUGUGGUCACCAUGUUUAUAAUACAGUUCAUCUGUUUGUGCGUGAACGUUCCUCUGUUUUGCCACUUCAGUCGGCGUGGACUCGGUUACCAGUGACGAACGCACAAAAUCAUCUGCAGUGGAUUCUUCAGUCACUCGCUGUCACAUAUCAGGCUGAAUUAAUCCUUUCAUACACACCACUUGCAGCAUGAAUCUGUGUAGAAAGUAAUUUGUUACAUAACACUGAAUGUCCAGCAAACAGAAAUACACAAUCUAGUUUGACAAACAUCGGCUUCAUUUUCUCUUUAGUUCAUCACCAAUUAGUUCGUUGCCCCGGUCACAGUCAACACUGUUGACCAGUUAACUCAAAGCUUUCAGGACGUUUUGCACAGAAGCCUAUCGGUUUAGAGAUAAAAAAUUCUAAGGUCAAGUUCAAAGGAGGCGGUGUGUGUUUAUUGUAGGUUGUAACUAGGGAUGGGUAUUGAUAAGAUUUUAUCGAUAUCAAUGCCAUUAUUGAUUCCGCUUAUCGAUCUGAUUCCUUAUCGAUUCCCUUAUCGAUACCUCGUGAAUUUUCUGUGUACUAAAAGUAGG